CCUCCUCCUCAUCCACGGAGCUCGACGCUCAGUGUGGCAGCAGAUGGUGCACCGCACACUACUACAAGCUGCAAGGUCGCAAGAAUUUGCCGGAGAACAACUUUCAUUUCCACCAACUUUGCCGAUAACGAGCGUCGGCAAGGUGUACUCCGAGGACAAGAACCUGCAUUCACUCGGUAUCGGUAUCGUUUGGAGAGGGAAUUUUGGUGUCCAGGUCAGGAGUGGCCAUGCCAUUUGGCUGUCUAACAAUCGGGGAAAAGAAGGAUUACCACAGUCCUUCAGACGUGACGGACAAAUAUGACAUGGGUCAAAUCGUUAAAUCGGAGGAGUUCUGUGAGAUAUUCAGAGCCAAGGACAAAACUACGAUGAGAAUGUACACAUGCAAAAAGUUCCUGAAAAAGGAUGGAAGGAAGGUCCGCAAAGCUGCAAAAAAUGAAAUCCUCAUUUUGAAGAUGGUGAAGCAUCCCAAUAUUCUCCAACUGGUGGAUGUCUUUGAGACUAAAAAGGAAUACUUCCUCUUCCUUGAACUUGCAACAGGCAGAGAAGUGUUUGACUGGAUCCUUGAUCAAGGCUAUUAUUCCGAGCGGGAUACCAGCAAUGUGGUGCGGCAGGUGUUGGAGGCUGUCGCCUACCUCCACUCCUUGCACAUUGUUCACAGAAACCUGAAGUUGGAGAACUUGGUUUACUACAACCGCCUGAAGCACUCUAAAAUAGUCAUCAGUGACUUCCAUCUUGCCAAGCUGGAGAAUGGAUUAAUCAAAGACCCCUGUGGGACGCCAGAGUACCUGGCUCCAGAGGUGGUUGGCAGACAUCGAUAUGGUCGGCCUGUGGACUGCUGGGCAACUGGCGUCAUUAUGUACAUAUUGCUGUCAGGCAACCCUCCUUUCUAUGAUGAGAGCGAUGAAGAUGAUUAUGAAAAUCACGACAAGAACCUGUUCCGAAAGAUCCUUGCGGGGGAUUAUGAGUUUGACUCUCCAUACUGGGAUGAAAUCUCCGAUUCAGCUAAGAGUUUGGUUGCGCGUCUGAUGGAAGUGGAUCAGGACCAGAGACUGACAGCCCAGGAGGCUAUCAACCAUGAAUGGAUCUCUGGCGGCGCAGCUUCAGAUAAAAACAUCAAGGAAAAUGUAUGUGCACAAAUAGAAAAGAACUUUGCUCGAGCCAAAUGGAAGAAAGCUGUGCGGGUCACCACCAUCAUGAAGAGGCUGAGGGCGACCGAGCACAGUAGCACAAAGGCCACCACAGUGGACCCUGCAGCUCCCCAAGAUGCUGCAGACCCUUCCACACCUUCACCUGCUACCACCACACCACAGGAAGUGGUCCCGGAGAUACAUAAAACACUUCCAGAGGCUUUGGACGAGGAGGCAGCCGUCACUGCAGAGCCACAACAGCGGAACCCAGCGCCACAGGAAGCAGAACCCACAUCACGGUGCAAUGGAGAUACUGUGGCUUCGCUCCGUGCAGGCGUUGAGGCCGGAGAUGAGCAGGGCUAGAUCCCCCUUGCCCUUACCUGCCCAAUCGUGCACACUGUACAUUAGCUGCUAGCAUGGUGACACUGACUCUGCUUCUCUCUCUCUUGCAGCAUUAGCAUCAUCUCAUGGAGGCUACGUGCUACCUUUCCUCAGUGCUCAACAUUGCAUUCUUUUGAAACAAACUGCAUCUUCUUUUACUAGUUGACCACAUGUAUUAUAGGUCAGGCUAUAGAAAACAUCCUACACGCGCAAGCCUUGGCUUACAGCUAAAGACUCUUUUGUGAUGCGUCUUUACGAGAUAAACCAAGCAGAAAGAAAACACUGAUUCCUUUUUAAUGAGCCGACUUGGGAAACUUCUCUCUGACAGUUUUUGUUCUUAAAAUCAGAAGGAAAGUUUAGACUUGAAAAUGUUCACUUCAUGUACCUCCCUGGUCUCCCUCCCCGCUGGAGAGAAUUCUGAACAAGGGAAGUUUGCCUGUCAUUUCCACAGUUUUCUCUGCUACUGCGCAUCGCAAAAGGCAGCCACCGGUGAGUUUUUGGGCCACCUCGUACACAAUAAGCACACAAAAAUCAAAAAACAUCCGGUCCUUUGCUUACUUGCUGCUCAGGAAGGUUUGUGUAUAUAAAGAUUCUGUACAUAAGAAGUUUGUAGAAGUAGCUAAAAGAGCAUGCAUUCUCACUGUCGGCUGUUCGUUUUGCAUUCACACAACCGCUUGGUUGAUAAAGACGCACUACUACUGCUACUGUGUUCUUUUUACACAAGUUGCAUCCUACACAUCAGUGGUUCUCAACUGGUGGGCCGCGGGUCCUUGCCUGAGCACAAAAAGUCAUUUGGGAAUAAUCUUGCGCUUGUCCCGGAUGCGUUUCGGGGUGGUGGGCUGAACUCCACAAUGCAGACACCUUAGAGUGAGUUGAGAUGAUGCUCAGAGUUCAUGAAUGGGGGAAGGGAGAACCCUCGUAGGACAGGGCAAGGACGGCUGGCAGGGAAGAAGAUGAAUCCAAAUGCAAAAGUGCACGGAAAAACAGGUGGUGAAAAGGAGUGGCAAAAACAGGAGAAGCAGUCUUACUUGAACAUUGGAGAGAGCCGGUGCUCCCGCUCCACGGUCGUUAACGAUGUCUCCUCCUCUCGGUGGUCCUUUAAGGGAGGCCGUCAAGGAUGAUUCCACGUCUAAGCCAUCAAAGGUGUUAUACAACAGGGUGCUGCCACAAAGGGAUUGAAAGAUAGACAAGGGGAGGAGGGGAUGGAGGGAUCUGGGGGGAUCCUGACAGCGCUUUUAUUCUGAAGGGGAUUUUUUGUAAAGCAGCGGGGUGUCGUCUGUUCAUACACCUUAAAGGAACUGCACUUUUUUGGAAUGUUGCCCAUCAUCCACAAUCCUUGUGAGACAGGAACACACGUCUGUGUCUUUUCUGUGCCUUCUGAAGGUAGACAAAAAACGGUAAAAAGAGGCAGCUGAUUAAUGCACGUAUUGGGACACGCCGAUAAAGGCCGCCAUUAAAGCACCUCCAGAAACCUCCAACAAGGUUUUAUGGUGUUCUAUCCAUGUUGCAACAAGCAGUAUUUUGCCCUACUUUGGUCAUUUUAAGCAUGAGCGGAACUUCCUUCCUGGGCGCAUCAAACAGCAACAUAGAAAGGAACGCUACACCUGGCGUUAACUUCCCCAAACUCCAAAACAAAAACACAGGAGCAGUGGCGGCGGCUCCAGUAUGUAGCGUUACCUUUCACUCGUGGCCCGAGGCAUUGUGAGCGAGUGUGCGCUAAAGCGUAGCUAGCUGAUGUGGUCACUACGCCAGUAAAGCACUUCUUAAGCGUAACAAUGUUAAUAACGAUGAUAACAACGUCGCUGUAGCGUGCUUAAUAUGCAGGUCACAUGAUGUAAAUGGAGCGUUGUUGGUGCGUUGUGUUCAUGUCUCACGUAGGGAUUGUGGAUGAUGGGCAACAUUCCCAAAAAAGUGCAGUUUUCCUUUCCCUUUAAGGUGGCUACAACCCUCUGAAGUGCAACUUGCAAAGAAGACGACCAGCAACGUUUGUUAGUACAGUUGUCCCUCCCCACUUUGGAGUUCCAAUUUUGAAUUAUCACGUUUGAAAAAUCAAAACAAAUAAAUCAUGCUGCUUCAUGCUGGAUGCAAAUGGUCUAUUAUGAGUCAAGAUACAAGCUUAUUGAGGCAAAUUAUACGUAUUAUUUCCUAAAGUAAGCACUUUCAAGCAUGUAAAUGACCAAAUGGACUAAAAUACAAACAUAAGACACUUAACUUUAACUUGUCUUGUUCAUGUUUAAAUGGAUCAUUUACUCUCUCUAUUCUGUCUACUAUUUUGGGUAAUACAAGUGCAAAGGUGAGUAUAUGGGUGUUUGUGUUUGUGUCCAAUUUAGGACCAAUUAACCACGUUAAAUGAGGGAUUAUUGUAUAUUGCACAGGAAAUGGUCAGAGGCAUCUUCAUCUUGCUGUGAGGAUGUGCUCGGACUGGAGGUCAUCAACACAGACUAACUCACGGUGGUCAACAGGUCAACAGAAGAGGUGCACACACCAAAGCUGCACCACACGGACUAUGGUGUGAAAAUAAUGCUUACACACUACUAUACAUGCAAAACCAUCAACAUCUACAACCCGCAAGGCAUGCUGGGAACCUCGAGGUAGUUACUCUUCCACCCACGUUACAGACGCAAUUAAGAUAUGACGGUGGGUCCCACAGCCAAGCCAGCUGAGAACCACUGCUGCACAUCAUGCGCUGUUGUACUCUGUGCCCGUCUUCAUCACAUGGCAGUUCUAUGCAUCUGGCAUCUGAAUUCAUUUGUAGCUUUUCUUUUUGGAAAAAACACCACGCUAGACUUCAUGAUUACAAGUUGUUUUACUGCCGUCCAUCUUAAUAUUUAGUGCUGACUUUGAACAACACGUGCAUUCAUCGACCUCAUGCGGGUUUCAUGGGAAGACACGCAUCGUUUUGGUUUAUUGUGGUAAAAAAAGCUUUUACGUUUUUAUGUUUGACAUUUCCUCCUAACGUUUGUUUUAAAUCUGUGUUCCUUUGUUUUACAGCUCCUUUUAACAUGUUUUAGUCACGCGGUACUCACUUGUUUAGAUGCUCAGAACAGUACAAGUACCCCUCCUUGAGCGUUAAUAAUGAGCCACAGUAGGCGUUCUAAAGGAAAUCGAGCAAUAUUUAUCAGGCUGCAGAAACUGUGAUUCUUGGCGUCCUUCCGAUUGUCCGUGUUCUUGUCAGUUGGAAGGCUCUGCCAAAAUGUAUUUAUGUGCACACGUCGAUGUGUGUUGUCAUGCCUGUGAGUCCCCACUUGACCCUGUGAACGCGAUAAGAGCUAGAAAAUAAACUCUAAUUAUGAGGGGUGUCCGAUAUUGGCUUUUUUGCCGAUAACCGAUUUUGUCCAACUCUCAAUUUCCGAUAGCGUUAUGUGUGACAUCACACAUCUCCUGUCGUGAAAUGAACACAUCCAGUACCUGUUGUGCAGCUAAUGGAUCCAGCAUCAGCAACUAGCUUCUCAGCAACAUCUGACAUUGGUUUUAAAAGUCAACAUUUUGUUGAUCAUCACAAAGUCCAGGGAAGAAAAUCAAAGUGUCGUCAUUUUCAUGUCGGCCUAGGACUCUUAGCGCAGCAGCAGUGGCGGAGCCAGAAAUGUUUCAUUGGGGUGGCCAAGGUGAGACCAUUACUCCCGUAGGGGUGGCAAUAAGUUGACACUUGGAAUGUCUAGAAGGCCGGUGGGGUGGCCGGAGAGUAGCUCCGCCACUGUGCAGCAGCUCGCUGUAUUGGUUUCCACGCCACGCUGCAAAUUGCACGAACACAGUAAUUCUGGGCCAAAAUGAACAUAUUUCGCAGCAUCAGAUUUGACUGAAAUUUCAUCUGCAGUCUUGAAGCUCCAAUCCACCAACUUUCAAAGCGCUCGUAUGGCUAGAGGUGGUCCAGCAGUAUAAAUCCGAUGCGAAAUUGAAGAGGAAGAAGUACUCUACCUAACGAAGAUGUAUACCAAUGAAAAUACACCCGAUAGCGUAUGAAAAAGCAGCAUUUUCACAGACGUCCCACACACAGUGUCAGAUUCUACCGUCGCUUACUUUUGGGAA